GUUUCUAGGAAGUAAGCCAAGACGCCAUGACAGGAUAGAAAAUGGGUGCAGAGGAAACUAGACAUAGCGUUCGUGAKCCUGGCGAUGACGAACAGGUGCAGCCCAGUGAAACAGAGAGAAACAGAGAGAGACCUGCUGUUCCAUACGCUGGAAGGGAACAUCUCGGAMGAGAUGUAGGAGUGUUGCCAAGAGAUACAGGACAGCCUUGGGUAAGACAGUCAAGAACAAGAGAGCCACCGUCACCAACUGGACGGCCUGUGGAAACCAUCCAAGGUCUUGCACCAGCAAGGAGUACUGGAUCAGGGCAGAUGCAAGGUACUGGAAGACCAUGGGAAACAAUGCCAGGAAGAGAUGUGACAAGUAGUGCAGGAGCAGGGCAGAUACCUGGUACUGGAAGACCAUGGGAGAGAAUGCCAUUAAGAGAUGUGGCAUGUAGUGCAGGAGCAGGGCAGAUACCUGGUACUGGAAGACCAUGGGAAACAAUGCCAGGAAGAGAGGUGACAAGGAGUGUAGAAACAGGGCAGACACCUGGUACUGGAAGACCAUGGGAGACAAUGCCAGGAAGAGAGGUGACAAGUAGUGCAGCAGCAGGGCAGAUACCUGGUACUGGAAGACCAUGGGAGAUAAUGCGGCCAGGAAGAGAGGUCAUAGGAACAGGGCAGAUACCUGGAGAACCAAGGGGGACAAUUCCAGGCACUGGAACUUCUGGUGAAUCGAGAACUCGACCAACUGGAGCAAAGAGGGAGACCAACAGAGAACGACUWUUACGUGAAAGGAACACUAUUGAAGGACAAAUUGAAGACGCCAAGGCUCGGUUGAAUCGAAAAAUGGUAGCAGUUGAGAAUGAAWUACAAGCCCUCAACCCUCUUCCAAUUUCUCAUGUUAAGAAACAAGAGAUGGAAAGAAAUGUAAGAAAAGCCAAGGCACAUUUUUUAGAAGGUGUGCAAAAAGUAAAUCAAUCUAGUGAAGAAACGUUUGGUAGAUUACUCAAGAAAAUUGAAGAGAUUGAAGACCCAAGGAAUGCACCUUCACGAAUGGAUUGGGAAGAACUCGAUGAUCUACUAGUCAACCUGAUGAUGUUCUACUCGGAGCUCCUUUCUGAACUCGAUCAACUCGAAGAACAAGCUAAUGCCGUAAAACGGACUUGGCGUUCUGCGGAAAUAAAAACAGCUCAAGGAGGAKCUGCGAUGGCAGCAGCUCAAGGAGGAGCUGCGAUGGCASCAGCUCCAGGCGUUCCYGUUAAAGGUAAAAUAACUUGUCAGUGA